AUGCAGCGGCAUGUAUUUCAAUCAUUCAGGGCGUGGCUCAAGUCAUGCUGCACGAUACAACUAGUUUUUCUCGUGCUGCUAACGUUUCAGAACGCGGCGGCAGUGAUGCUCAUGAGCUACACGCAGCAACGGCGGAUGGCGGAUGGCUCAGCGCGAUUUGCCGUAACGCACGUGGUGAUGAUGCAGGAGAUGACGAAAGUAUUAGCUUCCCUGCUAUGGUGUGCCAUCGACGUGUACAGGGCUGUACGGAAAGAGGGCUUCCGCCUUGUUCAAAAGACCACUUCCUCGCAGGUGCUGGAUGACUCCCCCCCACAGAAGUCGACACCGUCCUUUAAGAAUGGUUCUGCCACAAAGCUUGUCCACAUGGAAAACAUCACGUGGCGCGUGGACGAUGACGAUGACUUAUCAUCGGAUGUAGCCCCGCUUUCAGCCGAAGAGGUAUGGCGAUUAUUCAAGAAGCGUUUGUUUGCCGAGCUGUUCCACCCCGGUGCACUGUGGAUGAUGGUGCCAGCCAUUUUAUACGCUGUGCAGAACUACAUUCUCUUCGUCGCGCUGGCAAACCUUGAGCCGACGCUUUUUCAAGUGACGUACCAAACAAAGAUUCUUGUAACAGCACUACUAAUGUGGAUGUUUCUGGGCCGCGCUUUUUCCAUGAAGCGGUGGAUGGCCCUCGUGGUGUUGGUCUUUGGCGUGGCAAUGGCGCAGAUUGGCAGUCAGCGCUCGCUUGACUCUCAAAAAAGCGGCCACCCGCUUCGUGGCAAUUACGCCGUUGGCAUUGGCGCCACGGCGUUCGGUGUGGUGCUUUCCAGCGUAGCUUCUGUUCUCGUGGAGGCGAUAUUUAAGUCAAAAGCGAGUUCCAUGGAUUCACUCACGUCAUCUAAAAAUGUUCAUCUAUCUGCUUACUCCGUCAUGUGCUUUGUGGUGGCACAGAUAAUCGACGGCGGUGGCGUCACCCGUUCGUGGCUAACGGGCAGCUCCUUUUCUGAGCUCGUGCAGAACUAUUUCCGCGGCUUCGAUUGGCUUGUCUGGGUGAUGGUGUUGGUGCAGGCACUGGGAGGGCUGCUGGUGGCGGUGGUGAUCAAAUACUCCGAUAACAUCAUGAAGGCCUUCGCAACGGGGUGUGCCAUCGUGCUUAGUGGGUUUUGCUCGGCGUACGUGUACGCCUUUGUGCCGAGCCAAUGCUUUGUGCUGGGCAACGUCCUUUGCCUCUUGGCAAUUGUGCUUUACAGCCGCUGA